AUUUAUUUUUAUUCUUUUCCUUUAAAGAACCAUUUAUAUAUAAAAAAGAUUAAAUCAAAAUUAUAAAUUAAUCUAAUUUCACCAAAAUUUUUUAAAGAUAGAUGUGACUUUAGGGUUUCAGGCCGACCCGCCAAAUCCUCCUCUUUCCUUUUUCUUCUUCAUUUACGGCAUUGUUCCUGCAUGAAUCGGAUCCUGAUCCGGAGUCUCGUUUCUGAUUCGGGUUCAAACGAACAAUGGCGUCCAAAUCUUCGCCAUCUGCUUCCGCUAGUAGAUCGGAGCCUCCUAAGGACUCUCUGGUACUCGCUUCUCAGUUAUCAUCUCUCUCGCUCACUAAUCCACUGUAGAAGCACAAGAAAUGUCUCUAACAUCAAAGGAGAUACUAUCAGUUAUUGAUUCUAUAAAGAAGCAAGUUGCAGCUAACCGGUGUGUUUCCAUAAAGAAAAGAAUGGAUGAGAAUAAACAAAAGUUGAUUGGUGUUACAAACCAUCUGUAUAAGUUGUCAAAGGAAAGAAGAAACAGCUGGAUUAACGUUACUGAUAGCGGUGUAGAUUUACUAACUAAGAGGCAAAAAGAUGCGCUCGGCAUGCAUAGUGGUGUUGAUGCAAGUAAUGGGGAUAAGGAUAGUAAUAGCUCUCAAGAAGACGGUCAUGCUUCUACUGCAGUUCUCUUGGGAUCCAGUAUUCCUGUCAAGAAUGCUGUUCGGCCUAUUAAGCUGCCAGAAAUUAAGAGAUUGCCACCUUAUACUACAUGGAUUUUUUUGGAUAGAAAUCAAAGAAUGACGGAGGAUCAGUCUGUGGUUGGUCGAAGGAGAAUAUAUUAUGAUCAAAAUGGUGGUGAAGCACUUAUUUGCAGUGACAGCGAGGAAGAAAUAAUUGACGAUGAGGAGGAAAAAAGAAGUUUCAUAGAUUCUGAAGAUUAUAUUCUUCGCAUGACUGUGAAAGAAGUUGGUUUUUCUGAUCCUGUAAUGGAAUUGCUGGCACAAUGCCUUUCCAGAAGCCCUUCAGAAGUCAAGGCAAGAUAUGAAAUUCUUACAAAAGAAGAGAAGGCUUUGGGAGAUUCAAAGAAUAAAGAUAGUGAGGCACAAAUAGUGAAUUCUUUUCUGGAUAAAGAUCUUGAAGCCGCUUUGGAUUCUUUUGACAACCUCUUUUGUCGUCGAUGUCUUGUUUUUGAUUGCAGAUUGCAUGGAUGCUCACAGGAUCUUGUCUUUCCUGCUGAUAAACAACACACAUGGAACCAUCCAGAUGAGGAAAAUGUACCGUGCGGUUCGCACUGCUACAAAUCGGUUUUGAGGUUGGAAAGAAUAGAUACUGCGAAUUCUCCACAGUAUGGUGAUAUUGGAGAAAAUUCUGUUCGGCCAUCCGAUGGGAUGGUGGUGCAGAUUUCCUCGAGGAAGAAAUCUUCUGCUCAAUCUGCCAGGAGGAGGGUGAAAUCCAGCCAAAGUGAAAGUGCUUCCUCAAAUGCAAAAAAUGUUUCAGAGAGCAGUGACUCAGAAAUUGGACCGCGGCAGGAUGCCACUUCUCCUUCCAAGGCUAAGCUUGCAGGAAAAUGUCAGAGGAAUAGCAAGCGAGUGGCUGAACGUGUUUUAAGUUGCAUGCGCAAAAGGCAGAAGAAGACAGUGGCUUCUGAUUCAGAUUCUGUUGCUAGUGGAGGCCUUUUACCAGGUGAUAUGAAAUUGAGAUCCACUUCACACAAAGAAAAUGAAGAUGCUAGUUCUUCUUCCCAUAAGAAUGUUAAGUCUCCUACCACUGGAAGGUCUAGGAGGAAGGAAUCAACAAUUCAGGACAACAAUAACUUGGUGCGGGGAGAAAUUAAUGAUGGUCCUCCAAGUGAGAUUAUCACUGAUCCACCUGCAACUAGUAGUAAUGACACAUCAAGGAAAGAAGAGCUCAUAGAUGAAAAUGUAUGUAAAAAAGAGUUGAGUGAUAACAGAUCUUGGAAAGCUUUUGAGAAAAGCCUGUUCGAGAAAGGUGUGGAGAUUUUUGGCAGGAAUAGUUGUUUAAUUGCUAGGAACCUUUUAAAUGGUUUAAAGACUUGUUGGGAGGUUUUCCAAUACAUGACCUGUUCUGAGAAUAGACUGGCCUGCCAAGCAGGUGAUGCUGCAAAUUCUCUUGAAGGGUAUUCAAAAUUUGACUUUAAUGGAGCAAUGGGUAGUAAUGAAGUAAGAAGAAGAUCAAGAUUCUUACGCAGAAGAGGAAGGGUUCGUCGCUUGAAGUAUUCGUGGAAGUCUACUGCAUACCAUUCUAUUAGGAAACGGAUUACUGAGAGAAAAGAUCAGCCAUGCCGCCAGUAUAAUCCAUGUAAUUGUCAAACUGCUUGUGGAAAGCAGUGUGCAUGUCUACUGAAUGGCACAUGCUGCGAGAAGUACUGUGGAUGUCCUAAGACUUGCAAGAACCGAUUCAGGGGCUGCCAUUGUGCUAAAAGUCAAUGUCGAAGUCGUCAGUGUCCAUGCUUUGCUGCAGAUAGGGAAUGUGAUCCAGAUGUAUGUAGGAACUGUUGGGUCAGUUGCGGUGAUGGUUCUCUUGGGGUUCCUAACCAAAGAGGUGAUAAUUAUGAAUGCAGGAACAUGAAGCUUCUUCUCAAACAACAACAAAGGGUUUUACUUGGAAGAUCUGAUGUAUCUGGUUGGGGAGCUUUCUUGAAGAAUAGUGUUGGCAAGCACGAGUACCUUGGUGAAUACACUGGGGAGCUGAUUUCACAUAGAGAAGCAGAUAAGCGUGGGAAGAUAUAUGACCGUGAAAAUUCAUCAUUUCUCUUCAAUCUGAAUGAUCAGUUUGUUCUCGAUGCAUACCGGAAGGGUGACAAACUGAAGUUUGCCAACCACUCACCGGACCCAAAUUGCUAUGCAAAGGUGAUAAUGGUUGCUGGGGAUCAUCGUGUGGGCAUAUUUGCCAAAGAACGAAUUAGUGCUGGAGAAGAACUUUUCUAUGAUUAUCGAUAUGAGCCGGACAGGGCCCCUGCUUGGGCCAGGAAGCCUGAAGCAUCUGGAUCUAAAAAAGAAGAUGGAGCUCAUACAAGUGGUCGUGCAAAGAAGGUGGCUUAAUCUGGUUAUUUAUUUAUAUCCUCAAUUCGAAAUUUUUAUCAUUUUUUCUACAGGCAAAAAUGUCGUCAUUCUCAUAGCUUAGAGGAUAGUUGCACGCAAAAUCAUUUUGUUGUCGGAGAGGCCAUUGUCAUCUCCCUUUAUAACUUGUUUAAAUUUUUCACUCAAUUAUUGUUUAUUCUUGAGCACAUUGUAUUCGCUAAAGCGAAAGAAACCUACAAGUCCAGUGAUACAAUACAAUCUAACAUCAAAGCAUUCAUGUAACGGGAUAACUGUUAAGCAAUCUCAUCAAUUCUCUUUCAAUGACAAGGAUUGUUGGCUCUCUA